UACGAGGUAUAGUUCAGUGGUUAAAAGUCAUAAGAUCGUUUGACUUUCAACCUUAGAGCAAAUCAUAUAUGCCUACGAGCAUAAGUAUAUCUACUCAGCUUUUAACAUACCUAUUGUAAACGCUUUGACAAACGUUUUGCUUGUUCCAACAAUCACGAACAAACGUCCAACAAUCGGUUGGGUAAAAGAAACUUCGAAAAUCCAUUUUGGCCGGUGAACUUCGCAAAGGUCCAGUGGAUGCCGGCGAGGUCCGAGAUCCAAAUCAAAAUUUAGUGUAUACAGGGAGGUAUACUUUUAACAUUAACCUCUUUAAACAUUUGGCAUGGCCCGAAUUGGGUUGAAUUUUGAAAACUAUAAGCAACGUACGCGAGGAUGGAAGGUGGAGAAAACGCGAGUGAAAUUGGAUCAAAACAUGGAGAACAUGAUAUCGAAUCGUGUGAUAAGAUAUUAAAUGCUGAGAAAAGUGAUGUAGCAAAUGACCAAAAAAUGGUGCACGAUUUAGGAUUAAGUAAAAACCAGUUGAAAAGGAUUCACAAAAAGAACAAAUGGCUAGAGCGGAGACCAGAAAAGAGAUUAAACGAACGAGCCAAGGCAAAGAAGCGGCGAGCUAUUGCAAAAGCUAAUAAUAUAGACUUGGGGCCUUCGAGAAAAGCUCUGAAAAAGUCUACGAUGGCCGAUAGUAGCUGCAAACUUACAGUUACCAUUGAUUUGUCUUUUGAUGAUCUUAUGAUAGACAAGGAUAUAGCUAAACUUAUUAAACAAAUAUUGAGAUGCUACACUUUAAAUAGGAGAGCUUCAGCUCCAAUGCAAUUCUCACUAACCAGUUUCAAUGGAAAGUCAAAGCAAGAAAUGGCCAAGCACAAUGGAUAUGAACAUUGGGAUGUUCAAUUUUAUGCAGAGUCAUAUUUGGCAAGAUAUCCAAGGGACAAGAUAGUUUACCUUACAAGUGAGUCCGAAAAUGUCAUAGAAAACUUGGAGCCUGAGUGCAUCUAUGUUAUAGGUGGCCUUGUUGACCAUAAUUCUCAAAAGGGACAUUGUCAUAAUCUUGCUGUAAAAGAGGGCAUAAAGCAUGGUCGAUUACCAAUCACAAAGUUUUUGCAUAUGAAAGCAAGAAAAGUUCUAACGGUUGAUCAUGUAUUUGAAAUACUUCUUAAAGUUACCGAGGGUAAAACUUGGCAAGAAGCAUUCUUGCAAGUUCUACCAGAAAGAAAAAAUGCUCAACCUGUAUCCAAAACUACAAAUAGUGCCCUUGAUAGUUUGACAGAUAUCAGCAAAAGUGAUAUAAAUGAAACUAUUGAGCUUGACAAACAUUAAGGAAACGAAAAAUUUGUCAAGGAGAUGGCAAUUAGAAUCUUAAUUAACACAGGACUAUGGAAUUAUACAAAGACGCAUUAUUUAUGAAAAACGGCUGUCCAUAGUUUGAGGAAAAAGAGAAAAUGUUGAGAUAGAUGUGGACUUCACGAGAGACUAAGGCAAAGUUGAUGAAGAUAACAUUAAUUCAGAUGAUGAACCUCUCUCGAAAUGACCGCUCUGGAACUUAAUCCCAUCUACCUCCACAUCCUCCGUACUCAAUUCCAGUUCGGACAAUUCUAGGCCAUCUGUGCUACCAUCUUCAUGAGAAGGCAUUCUUAGACCGACCAGUUCUUCGUCAUUUAGAGGAUCUGUGAGUUUAAAUUGAAGUAUGAGCUAUACUAGGAGUGUUAAUAUUGAUAGAAAAUUUGUACCUCUUAUCUGUAAAUAGAUAUUGGGAUUUUUUGUAAAAUAUAUGCCAUUGCCUUGACAAA